CGCCUCAACCUCGGCAGUGGCGUCAGCGACGGCGGAGUCGAGGUAGCCGCUAGCUCUCGGCUAAGUGUCAGCCGGCGGCGACGCCUCAGGAGCUGGGAGUUGGGGACGCGCGCGCCGGACCUUCCGCCGCCGCCCAGAGCCUGAGGCGCCGGGGCCGGGGAGCCGGGGGCCGGGCGAGCGAGAGCGCCGGGGGGAGGGCGGGGGAUGGCGCGGACCCCGGGGCCGGCCCCGCUGUGUCCCGAAGGCGGCAAGGCACAACUUUCCUCCGCCUCUCCCCCCGGAGCCGGGCCCCUGCCGCCUCCCCCGACGCCGCCGCCGCUGCUGCUGCUCUUCCCGCUGCUGCUCUUCUCCCGGCUCUGUGGUGCCUUAGCUGGACCAAUUAUUGUGGAGCCGCAUGUCACAGCAGUAUGGGGAAAGAAUGUUUCACUGAAAUGUUUAAUUGAAGUAAAUGAAACCAUAACACAGAUUUCGUGGGAGAAGAUACAUGGCAAAAGUUCACAGACUGUUGCAGUUCAUCAUCCUCAAUAUGGAUUCUCUGUUCAAGGAGAAUAUCAGGGAAGAGUCUUGUUUAAAAACUAUUCACUUAAUGAUGCAACAAUUACUCUACAUAAUAUAGGAUUCUCUGAUUCUGGAAAAUACAUAUGCAAAGCUGUUACAUUCCCACUUGGAAAUGCUCAGUCCUCUACAACCGUAACUGUAUUAGUUGAACCCACUGUGAGCCUGGUAAAAGGGCCAGAUUCUUUAAUUGAUGGAGGAAAUGAAACAGUAGCAGCCAUUUGUAUUGCAGCUACUGGAAAACCAGUUGCACAUAUUGACUGGGAAGGUGAUCUUGGUGAAAUGGAAUCUACUACAACUUCUUUUCCAAAUGAAACAGCAACAAUUGUCAGUCAAUAUAAGCUGUUUCCAACCAGGUUUGCUAGAGGAAGGCGAAUUACUUGUGUUGUAAAACAUCCAGCCUUGGAAAAGGACAUCAGAUAUUCUUUCAUAUUAGAUAUACAGUAUGCUCCUGAGGUUUCAGUAACAGGCUAUGAUGGAAAUUGGUUUGUGGGAAGAAAAGGUGUUAAUCUCAAGUGUAAUGCUGAUGCAAAUCCGCCACCGUUCAAAUCUGUGUGGAACAGGUUGGAUGGACAGUGGCCUGAUGGUUUAUUGGCUUCAGACAAUACUCUUCAUUUUGUCCAUCCACUGACUUUCAAUUAUUCUGGUGUUUAUGUCUGUAAAGUGACUAACUCCCUUGGUCAAAGAAGUGAUCAAAAGGUCAUCUACAUUUCAGAUCCUCCUACUACUACCACCCUUCAGCCUACAAUUCAGUGGCAUCCCUCAACUGCUGACAUCGAGGAUCUAGCAACAGAACCAAAAAAAUUGCCCUUCCCAUUGUCAACUUUGGCAACAAUUAAGGAUGAUACAGUUGGCACGAUCAUUGCUAGUGUAGUGGGUGGGGCUCUCUUCAUAGUACUUGUAAGUGUUUUGGCUGGAAUAUUCUGCUAUAGGAGAAGACGGACGUUUCGUGGAGACUACUUUGCCAAGAACUACAUUCCACCAUCCGAUAUGCAAAAAGAAUCACAAAUAGAUGUUCUUCAACAAGAUGAGCUUGAUUCUUACCCAGACAGUGUAAAAAAAGAAAACAAAAAUCCAGUGAGCAAUCUAAUACGGAAAGACUAUUUAGAAGAGCCUGAAAAAACACAGUGGAACAAUGUAGAAAAUCUCAGUAGGUUUGAAAGACCAAUGGAUUAUUAUGAAGAUCUAAAAAUGGGAAUGCAGUUUGUCAGUGAUGAACGUUAUGAAGAAAAUGAAGAUGACUUAGUUUCACAUGUAGAUGGUUCCGUAAUUUCCAGGAGGGAGUGGUAUGUUUAGCAACCACUAAAUGUGACUUAAUCUAUGUACAAUGUUUCAUUCAUACUAGUUGAUCAUUUUCAGAUUGUUCAUACUUUUUCUUGAGGAAGAAUAAGCUUUUUCAACUUGAUUUUCAAGCUUACUUUUUAUAUUCUAAUUUGACUAAUGAAAAUGUAAAAUCUGGGUUCAAUGUAUCUGAGCUGCUUUACAUUUUUUUUUUCAAUGCUGUACUACUGUCUCAAGAUUUUAAAUUUUAAUGCAGAGUACUUUAUUGGUCUGAGGCACACAGGUAAGAAGAAAUGCCAACAUAAAAUGUAUGACUUUUGGUACAAAAAUUUUAAAAAAAGGAAACUACCUUGGCAUUGUGUGUUAAAUGUUUACCUAAGACUAUAAUCUCCAGUAUUUGUUAAACAUAUACCUCUCAAAAUUUACCACCAUUAAAUAAUACUGUAUCAAAAUUGAUGGUAAAAUGAAUUCAAAAAAUGUUUAUAUAUAUUUUUAGUAUACAAAAAACAUUCAGCCUGAUGAAACACCUUUCCUUUUCAAACAUUAUUUUCUAAGUUUCUAUACAAAUGGUAUCUUUAUCUCUGCAUUUGAAUGAGCCUUGCCAUAAUUACUGUAAAGUGGCUUUCAAAGAUAUUUUGUUGCACUAAAACUGUGGUAGUAAACUCAGUGAAUACAAUGUGUGGAAGAGCAUAUUAGCUGAUGAAUAUUUUUGUCCAAAAUACAUACAAGUAUAAUAAAAACAUGCCUUUUAAACAUGAUAAUUACUAUAAUUUUUUUCAUCUCUGGAGAACAAUUCUUAUAUUGUCAUGUGAACUUGAAUUUUUGGUACAUUAAGUAGUAGUUCUGUUUUAAUGCUUCAUGUCCUAACUAUGAGAAUAAUAAUGAAAAGUUGGUACACAGUUAAAUAUAGUGCAGAGAGGGCAUUUCAGUAUAUAGAAAAACAUGGGUAAACUAGUAUAGGAAUACCAGUUUUAGAAAUAAGAUGUUUUGGCCAAAAAUUUAGACAUACAAUUUUCUAGACCAUCUUGUUUUAGCUGUUUAAAUUGAUGUUGUUUAAACAGGUAAAAUACACAGAAAAAAAAUUAGAGUAUAAACUUGGAAAUUUGAGAUUCAGUGAGAAGAAUCUGAAUUACAGAACCCAACCACUGACACUUGCUAAUGGAUAUUGGCAAACCACCCCCCUUUUCUGACUUAAUGUAAUGUAUGUGAUUAAACAUUUUUGUUUUUCCAAUUAAAACUGGGAACAUCAUGAGGUUUUUAUUUUGUUUUUGUUUAAGUAACACAUUAAGCAUAUUCUUUCCAGAAGUCCUGUAUCCUAUGAAAAAGAAAUGUUCUCUAACUUCAAAUAUAGUUCUUCUUUGUGAGGUAAAUUGCUUCUAUAGAGGAGUCCUAUAAAAUUGUAAUAAUAAUAACUGUUUUGAAACCCAAAGAAUGUUUUUUCUGUUGAUGAUUCAUUGAAAAAAGUAUUGUGUAGAAUUGCCUUAGGUGUUUUGCCAGGGAAUUGAAGUGGAAAUUAGUAGGAAAAUAAUAAAUUAUUUUGUUAAUAAAAAGGCAAAGUAGGUACUUUUUUUUCACCCUCCGAACUGUCUCCCCCCUAAUCCUCGUCAAAUCUACAAACAGAUUUGUAAGGCAAAGUUCUAACAUGUUUAUGUAAUUUUGUGAGUAGGGAAGGCUUUAUUCUAAAUAUUUGUUAAUUUCCUUUAUCUUAAUUAGCAGUAUUUUGUGGAAAUUAGAAACCUUUUUUAUUUCUCUUCCCAUUUUGCAUAAUACUGUAAGUUAAGGAUACAUUUAAGUAAAGUUUAUUGAUGCUUGUUUAAAAUAUUGGUUUUAAAUAUAAUUAAUCACUGAUAAUUAUGAAGGCUCUUUAGUCAAAGUCAAUGGAAGAAAACCUUUUCUUGAUGAUAACCAGUGAUUGAAGUGACUAUUUUUUUUAUAUUAGCAAAGCUAUGUUCACCAGAAGAAUGGGUCUAAGAUUUCAUACUAUGGAAGAUGUCAAUUUGUAGCUUUGAUCAAAAUUUCAUAUUUAGAAUAAUGAUUUGAAAUUCUAUUUGAAUCUGAGCAGAGUAAUCACUGAGAAUACUGUAAUCUCAUAUAAUCUGAAGGAAGUUAGCCAUGUAUUUCAAUAACUAUUUCAAAAAUAUAAUUACCUAUUCAACGGUAACAAAUUCCUUUCAUAUUGUGGCCAUUGUUCAAUUAGGAUUUUUUUUUCUUUGUUUUUGUUGAGAGAGAGUGACAUGGAAAACUGCAAGUGAAUAUUUGAUAUAUUCUGUAUCUUUAAUCUAAAUCAUUUGGCAAACAAAAUUAUUUCAAAAUUUUAAGAAUGAUACUAGUGGUUAAGACUUUCUGAGGCAUAGCACUGUUUAUUAGAACUUUAUGUAUUACUGUACAUAGACUUGUUUAUAAACGAAUAAAUAAACAUUUUUGUUAAUUUUUGAAUGUAA